AGCUGACACGUUUGUCGCUGACGAAAAAAGUUAAAGGGGCCCUGGCUAAAAGUCUCAUUUUCUUCUUCCUCAUCUCCCACCCUCAGCUAAGUAAGGGAAUAUUUUGAAAUGCAAGAGGAGAGAUAUUUGCUCGCCAUGAGGCAUAUGGCAUGCAGGAUUUGGGACCUCGAGAAGUGUUAACUUUCCAAAUACCAUACCUUCACUGGAGCAAAGUCAGAGGGACCUUGGAAAGAUUCAGGGACUGUAUUCAACCAAAUAAAUCAAAUGCACUUGUUUACGAGGUCCUACAUGGGCAUGAAGAAAUUGUAAGACGUACAAAUAUAUUAUGCUAGGAUUUACAUAAAAUCUGGGAGAAUUUCAUAUGAUUUUUUAAAAGCGAGGCCAAAUUUCCACAACUAAAAUGAUGCUGAGAGUUGGUGUAAGGAAUUUUUUUAAGGACGCUUUUGUUGGGAUUUUUUUUUCUUUUUGAAAGGCUAAGUAAUAAUAUGAUCAUUAGAGUGAUAACUGGGGAGUAUAUUCAAAAUCAUAAGGACAUUUUUUUUAAUGCGCAGCUUUGGUAGUUUGGUGCUAAAUCAUUAACAUCUAGAGUAUAUGAAGGUAUUCAUAAUACUGUGGGCACAUAGAAAUGCACCGUAACACCAGUGAUCUAAUCAAUACUGGAAUUCAAAUAGUCUGAAAUUUGUUUUUCCACUUCUCUGUGUUCCUUGUCACCCAGAACAUUCCGCUACUAUUUUAAGACCUGUUCAUCCGAGCUAUAGGUUUCCCAUUUUAAUCAAGGAAAGAAAGAUUUAAAUCGUCUGUCUUCUCCUUCUGGCCUCAGGAUUUUUGCACUUUUCCCAGAAUACUCGUAAAAAAGCGGGACCUUUAACCCUAGGGCUUCGAAACUAGGCGUGGUCUCUUCUUCGGUAUGUUUCGGAAAGUAGAGGGACCUCCAGUCUAAGACUGUUCGGAGAGAGGCGGAGCCUUAUUCCUGGGACUGUUCGGAAAAGGGCGGAGCUUACCUCGCAUCAGGACCAGUCUGGCUGCACCUGCAUCUUUAGCUCAGAGCAUCCCUAGAGCAUAUUAGGUGGACCCGCAGCUGGCCCGGUGAGGCCAAGCCAUCGCAGGAGAAGUCUUCCUCCUCCGUUUACCUUAUCGGCAUCUUGCAGCUGCGGCCUUUGCACUAACAGAGGGGUGCUGGAGUUCUCAGGAAGCUGGGAACCGAUUUACAGCAAGUGCUGCUGAUUACGCCAUGGCCGAGAUCACCAACAUUCGACCCAGCUUUGAUGUAUCCCCCGUGGUGUUGGGACUCAUCGGGGCCACUGUGCUGGUGGUGUCUGUGUCUGUGACAGUCUUUGUCUGGACCUGCUGCCACCAACAGGCUGAGAAGAAGCACAAGACGCCCCCUUACAAGUUUAUUCACAUGCUGAAGGGCAUCAGCAUCUACCCUGAGACUCUGAGCAACAAGAAGAAAAUCAUCCGCGUGAGGAGAGACAAAGGUGGCCCAGGGCGGGAUGGUGGACGGGGGAAUCUCUUGGUAGAUGCAGCCGAAUCAGGUCUUCUAAACCGAGAGAAGAGUCCUGGAGGGCUGAACACUAGCCCUUGUAUAGACCAGCUCCCCAUCAAGGUGGACUAUGGGGAUGAACUGAGCCCAGUUCAGAGCCUGACCCCUGGGGGAAGCAAAACCGCUUCCCCAUCUUCCCCAGAAGAAGAUGUUAUGUUGGGGUCUCUUACCUUCUCAGUGGACUAUAAUUUCCCCAAAAAAGCCUUGGUAGUGACAAUCCAAGAAGCCCAUGGGCUGCCAGUGAUGGAUGACCAGACCCAGGGCUCCGAUCCCUACAUCAAAAUGACCAUCCUCCCAGACAAACGGCACCGUGUGAAGACAAGAGUGCUACGCAAGACCCUGGACCCUGUGUUCGAUGAGACCUUUACUUUCUAUGGCAUCCCCUACAGCCAGCUGCAGGAUCUUGUGCUACACUUUCUGGUCCUCAGCUUUGACCGCUUCUCCCGGGAUGAUGUCAUUGGUGAGGUCAUGGUACCACUGGCUGGGGUGGAUCCUAGUACUGGCAAGGUUCAGCUGACCCGGGACAUCAUCAAGAGAAAUAUCCAGAAGUGUAUUAGCAGAGGGGAACUGCAAGUCUCCCUGUCCUACCAGCCAGUGGCACAGAGAAUGACAGUGGUGGUGCUUAAAGCAAGACACUUGCCAAAGAUGGAUAUCACCGGUCUCUCAGGUAAUCCCUACGUCAAGAUGAACCUCUAUUAUGGCAGGAAACGCAUCGCCAAGAAGAAAACCCACGUGAAGAAGUGCACUUUGAAUCCUGUCUUCAAUGAGUCCUUCAUCUAUGAUAUUCCCACUGACCUGCUGCCUGACAUCAGUAUUGAGUUCCUGGUUAUCGACUUCGACCGCACCACCAAGAACGAGGUGGUAGGGAGGCUGAUCUUGGGGGCUCACAGUGUCACAGCUGGUGGUGCAGAACACUGGCGAGAGGUCUGUGAGAGCCCCCGCAAGCCAAUAGCCAAGUGGCACAGUCUGAGCGAGUACUAAUCCUGACCCCCUCCCUCCCAAAACCCAGUGGGGGAGAGGUGGGCUAGGGAGAGGAUUGGGGGGAAAUGAUACAGAGAGGUGGACUCAAAACCUCAUUUUAGUCAUAUAAGAAACUUUCGUACAAAACAAAAACCACAAAGGACACCUCAUACAAUCCCAGCAACAGAUUGGUACUUUGGUUCCCAGCAAUGAUGAUUUUUUUCUCCUUUUACAAGGCACUAGAAAUUAAAAAAAAAAAAGAAUUAAAAAAAAGGAAAAAGGAAAAAAUGAGGAAAAAAGAGGGAAAGACCCCAUACAAGUCUAUAUAUAACAAUGUAACCACAUAAUUGCAUGUCUAAUACAAAUUGAAGCGAAUUAGUGUAACUUCUAAUAUCGAGUUACAGAUUUUAAUCCAUGAAAAAGUCUUGUUCCGUGCUGAAUUGUGUUUGCUGAGGUUCAUGUGAAACUAGCCUCUCUUUACCAGGCUUCUCUGGAGGGUGUUGUGGUUUGUUCAGUUGGUUUUUUAAUUCUGAAUUUUGUCGUUGAACAUCUCAUCUCCUCACCCACCAUCUUGGUCUUGGCCUCCUUUCUGGCCUCUUCCCAAGGAAUGGGAGAGAUCCUUGGCUGUUGCCUAAUUAAGAAUUGAGCCAAAAGCUAAAAAGUCUGCUCUUGGCCAAGAAACAAACACCAGGCUGGGCAGUAGAAAGGAUUCUAUUUUGUUUAGUUUUGUUUACAGUAGAAAAGUCUAGAUAAAUGAGCAAUGGGAAUGACUGAUAGAAACUGUCCCUUGGUUACACAUAUGCAACAAAACACUUGGACGUGACCUGGUGGUACUUGGGUUUCUGGCAGUCACACUUCCCCAUAAGAGCCACAGAGGUGUUAAUUUGGAGGAUCUCUUACAGCAAAAAAGUGAGGGAGAGGGGAAGGAAGAGGGGAAAAAGAGCCUGGACCCAAAGAGAAUGCCAUUGUCUUGAAAUCUGUGUAAUGGUCCCCAAAAACCAUAUUCAGCUUCUUUCAGAGAAAGGAGGAGAGAAGGACAUCCACCUGCCCAUUAUGCUGCCAUAUACAGAAGUCAUCCAUUGGUGGUUGGACACAAAAUCUGACAGUGGUCUAGAUGGGUCUUUGGUUUUUCUAAACUUUGUCCAAGGAAUUUCUCUGGAAUGGCCCAGACCUUUUGGGUUAACUUUUGUUUUCUAAAUGAAAAUAUUCUCAGAAAUGACUCAUUCUUGAAUGAUAGCCCUUAGAAAGAAAGUGAUGGUGCUGACAGUGAUGAUGACAUUAAAGGAUAAUAAAAGCUUACAUUUCUAAAUCACUUUCCAAGUCAAAAAGUGCCACCCUCAUCACCCUUGGAUUUCUAUAGCACCUUUCCCGCUCUCCCCCAAUCCCCAAAGGUACCAAGUACAUCUCUGUGAGUCAGGGAGGGUCAGAGAUUAUACAUGAUGAGAUAGAGCCCCUUAAGAGGGUCAGCCAAUUGUCCAGUCACUGAUUGAGCAGGGAAGAACAGUCAUAUAUCCUGACUCCCAACUCAGUGAUCUCUCCCUUAUUUUCAGAUAGUUUCCCUGGGGACAUUCUGAAUAUUAGUGAAACCCACCCACAGAGGACAUCCCCCAGCCUACAAAAGUGACAGACUGAGCCAGGGCUUCAAAGAUCAGUCAUCUACAUACCAUUGAGUUAUAACUACACUAAAAAAGCUCCCCCUGACUUGCUUCUAAGGAAGGCUAUAGAAAAGUCAGGUAACUGCUAUUCAAAGGAUGUGCAUCUUGCCAUGAACCUUUCAGGGAGCUCUGAAGACAUAAAAACCAAACACAAUCUCUCUUUUUGUUGUUGUUGUUUUUUUUCAAUCAUCAUCUCUUGAAAAUAGGAAGAUCUGAGUAGAUGGAAUGAUAACAGGAGUGCCUCCCCAAUCCCAUUCUUUCCCUUCCUCCCCCAUCAUCCUCAUUCCCAUUUCCUCCCACCUUUAAGUUGUGUUCCGAUGACUAGUCUCUGUCCUGUUCCCCAAGGAUUGUAAAUAUUGUAUCAUACGUUAAAAAAAAAAGAUAGUUUUUUUUGUUUUGUUUUCUAAAAGCUCACUUUGAGAUAGUUUAAUGUAAAUCCAACAGGUGCGUUUUGAAGCCCGUUUAGGAAGAAAUGGAAAUGGUUCCUUUUCAUCGCCUUAAUGCCUAAAGAUCAGAAAUCCCUGAGCAUCCCCACUUCUGUUUCCUUCCCAGAAACAAUGCAAAGCAACUGGUGGAGAUAGCUGGGCCUGGGCCCAGCACUGUGUGUGCCUCUGUAGCCCCUCCUGACAUAGGUUUGGGAAAACUGCCUCUCCCCUUCCCCAUCACUCUCCCACCUCCCCUAGUAGCUUUAUUCUUCCCAUCCUUUGGAUCUCUUGAGUAGUGAGUGGGUGGGGAGGGAAUGGGGGAACAGUUAACAGUUACUGGGGGGUAGGUGGGGCGCACUGACCUCCAUGACUGUCUUUCUUAGAGAAAGUCAAUGUUGGCUACAGGGGUGGCUGCACCAGGUCCUCCCCACCUACCUCAGGCCUGAUCCAUUGGUGACCUUGACUUUGUUGACCCAAAGUUUCCUAGCUGGCUGUGGUUCUCGGGCCUGUUCCUUCCAAGGCUCCCUGGCAGGGUAGAGCCAAAGGAUCAUCUCCUCCAAGGAAUCAUUGGGUAGGCAAGAGAGUCACAGCCUCACUUAUUAUUAUUAUUUUUUUUUUUCACAAGACUCUCUCUGGGUCAGGAAUAGGUUUGGGAAAUGGUCACUUGUCUGGAGAGAUGCUCUGCCUCUGGGCAUCUCCCUUCUAGGAAGAAUAGAGCUUUUAGCAGCAUUAAAAGCCCCUUUCUAGAGUGGUUCCUUUUUCCAGCUCUUUCUGGAAAGGAGCCCCCCAAGAGAAAUGCCCCUGUUGAAUUGGAAUAGAGCUUGUUCCCGAUCCAAAAACCAGACACAAUUGGUCUUUGGGACAGAAACGGCUUGUUCAGGGGAGGGACUGAGCAGAGCAGGCCACAUGUCCCGGAAGGCUCAAGAUAGGGACACUGCCCUUGCCACAAUCCCUCUCCAACAUGGUCUUUCUUUACCUUGUGUCUUCUCUUGUAAAAAUGAAACUCAGAAAUGUCUAAAACAAAUAAAUAAAACAGUGUGUCGAAAAUUUUAAAAAGAAAAAACACAACAAAAAAAACAGAAAAACAUCUAACAUGAACUGUGUGACAUUGCAUAACGCUGUGAUGCUAACCUACACUAUGUAACGCUAUCUUGUAUGUUGGAUUUGUUAAUGCACAGUGCGCGUGCAGAAUAAAGACUGAUUCACAUUCA